AUGGUCUCGUCAAGAAGACUUGAGCGGCUAUCGAUAGUCCUUCUAGGACUAGGACAAAUGUGUAUAAUGACUGGAUAUGAUACUCAGUCGUUCGUGGCUGAGUCAGUCCUCCAUUCGGUGAACGGUCGUGAACCAACAAGGAUUGAUGCAUUCGCCGGCUACUAUGGACAAGCCACUUGCUACGCUGCUUACAUGAUCGCAUGUUUAUUUGCACCCACCGUACUCUCGAUAAUAUCACCAAAAUGGACGCUUUUCUUCGGUUCCCUCUGCUAUACCGUAUAUCAGAUAGGAUUUUUGUACUUGAACAAUUAUUACUACUAUAUUUCAUGUGCAGUGAUGGGAAUGGGAUUUGCAUUUUAUUACGCUGGUCAUGGAGCGUAUUUGACAUCACAUUCGACACGAUCGACAAUUGAACAAAAUUCGGCUAUUGCGUGGACGAUCGCCUGCUUAUGCAUGAUCGUUGGUGCUGGUAUCCUGGCUGGAAUAUUCUCCUUAAAUCACAACGUUCCUGAUUUAUCAGUACUGUUAUCUAAUAGCACGGACAGUCAUGAACGACAUUCCUAUCGACGAUUCUCUGACAUGGAAAUUCGAAUGAUGUACGGUGCAUUCACGGCGAUCACACUAUGCGCGAAUUUGAUUUUUGCUCUGGCUCCAUCCGAAGAUAUUCCGGAUUGUAUCGAAGGAAAGCAUAACAAGAUCCAGCGGACUUUCAAAGACCAGAUGGACCAAGUGCUGGCAAUUUUUGUGGACAAACGAAUGAUCGCCCUCUCACCGUUGUUUCUUCAUUUGGGUUUUUAUACCUCGUUUUGGGUUUGUGUCUAUCCAACAACACUGAUAUUCACCAAGUCACUAUCAAAAUAUAUCUAUUUGCCUGCAUUCUAUAGCCUUGCCGUCGGAUUAGGAGAGGUUGUAAUGGGUGUUAUUAUCAGCACCGCGUCAAAACGUAUCAAAGACUUCGGUCUCAAGCCAACUAUGUACAUUGCGUUUGGUUUAACUACAGUAAUACUGGCCGGCGUAGUGGCUACCGUUCCAAAAUGGGCAACGAUGGGACUUACAGACGAGCCAGCAUGGUUGAUUCAGCCGAAUGCUGCUCUAUCGGUGUUAAUCGCCUUCUUGUUUGGCGCAGCUGAUUCUUGCGUGAACAACGUUCGGAAUGUGAUUUGUGCUUUAGCGUUACCGGAUCGUCGUGCGGAAGCUUUUGCUAUCUCGAAAUUCUUUCAGGCACUUGCCGGAGCAAUGCUGAUGUUCCUCAGUCCAUACCUGUCAAUUUUUCACUAUACCGCCUUACUUUUCAUCACCCUAUCCGCUUCCACAUUCUGCUUCGUAUAUGUUGCGGGAAGAACAAAACGAAUGGAGCGAAAAUUAACAAAUGAUCAUCUGAACGUGAAAAACAUCGAUUCAUCCGAAAAAUAUUGA